AUGGUAGAGUUUGCCAUCAACAACUCGGUGCAUGCGUCCACGACACAUACACCGUUUUACGUGAAUGGCUUGCGCCAUCCGCGUGUACCCACCUUAAUCGAGUGUAACUCUGGUUUAAGGGGGGGAGGGACUCGCGCGAGCAAAAACCGAUUUGGUUCACGCUCAUCACGCUCUGACGAAGAAGUCAUUGCGUUUGAUGCCGAUAUCGAUAACAUCGAUAUCGAAGAAGAUGAUGCCAGUGAGAGUGCGGAAGCCCUCACUGAAGAAGAUGAUCCCAGUGAGAGUGCGGAAGCCCUCACUGAAGAAAAGGUUGUUGUUGCUGCAGUGCGCUCACAGCACACUGAAGCUAACGAGUCAUCAGAUGAGUUCAUACUGGCUCGUGAAACGGUAGUCCGUUUUGUGCAAGACUCCAUCGCCGAAGCGGUGACUUAG